ACGCUUUCCCAGCAUCCCUUGCGCGCCGGCCCUGCCGUACCUCGUCCGGCCGCCGCCGGGGCCUUGCGCGCUGCUUUUUGAGCGCGCGUCUGCCCGGGGCUGGGGCCCGGGACGCGGCCCCGCGGGAUGGCGCAGCUGGAGGGCUACUACUUCUCGGCCGCCUUGAGCUGCACCUUCCUCGUGUCCUGCCUGCUCUUCUCCGCCUUCAGCCGCGCCCUGCGCGAGCCCUACAUGGACGAGAUCUUCCACCUGCCGCAGGCGCAGCGCUACUGUGAGGGCCGCUUCUCCCUGUCGCAGUGGGAUCCCAUGAUUACUACGUUGCCCGGCCUGUACCUGGUGUCAGUUGGAGUGGUCAAACCUGCCAGCUGGAUCCUGGGAUGGUCUGAACAUGUGGUCUGUUCCAUUGGAAUGCUCAGAUUUGUUAAUCUGCUCUUCAGUGUUGGCAACUUCUACUUACUGUAUUUGCUUUUCAGAAAGGUGCAACCCAGAAACAAGGCUUCUUCAAGUAUCCAAAGAAUCUUGUCAACAUUGACACUAGCAGUAUUUCCGACCCUCUAUUUCUUUAACUUCCUUUAUUACACAGAACCCGGGUCUGUGUUCUUCACUCUCUUUGCUUACUUGAUGUGUCUUUACGGCAAUCAUAGGACUUCAGCCUUGCUUGGGUUUUGUGGCUUCAUGUUUCGUCAGACCAAUAUCAUCUGGGCUGCCUUCUGUGCGGGACACCUCAUUGCACAGAAGCUCAGUGAGGCCUGGAAAACUGAGCUGCACAAGAAGAAGGAAGAGAGGCUUCCCCCCAUUAAAGGACCGUUUUCGGAACUCAGAAGAGUUCUUCAGUUUCUUCUGGUGUAUUCCAUGUCGUUUAAGAACCUGAGUAUGCUUUUCCUUUUGACCUGGCCCUACGUCCUUCUGGUCUUGGCGUUUGUUGUUUUUGUAGUCGUCAAUGGUGGGAUUGUGAUUGGUGACCGGAGCAGUCAUGAAGCCUGUCUUCAUUUUCCUCAGUUAUUCUACUUUUUCUCAUUCACUGCUUUUUUCUCCUUCCCUCACUUACUCUCUCCUACAAAAAUCAAGACUUUCCUUAGCUUAAUUUGGAAACGUAGAGUUCAGUUCUCUGUGAUUAUGCUAGUCUCAAUGGUUUUUGUUUGGAAAUUCACUUAUGUCCAUAAGUAUUUACUGGCGGAUAAUAGGCAUUACACAUUUUACGUGUGGAAAAGAGUAUUUCAGAGACAUGAAAUUGUGAAAUAUUUACUAGUUCCAGCCUACAUGUUUGCUGGUUGGGCCAUAGCUGACUCUUUGAAAUCAAAAUCAAUUUUCUGGAAUUUAAUGUUUUUUGUAUGCUUGGUCGCUUCUACAGUUCCUCAGAAACUACUAGAAUUCCGUUACUUCAUUUUACCUUACAUUAUUUAUAGGCUUAACAUACCUCUGCCUCCCAUAUCUAGACUUGUUUGUGAACUAGGUUGCUAUACAGUUGUUAAUUUUCUAACUUUUUAUAUCUUUCUGAACAAGACUUUUCAGUGGCCAAAUAAUCAGGACAUUCAAAGGUUUAUGUGGUAAUAGUAGGAAUAUUUUGAAUUUUAAAAGUAGACUAUUUCUACAACAAAUAACUGGGUAAGUAGAAAUGGAAUUCCUGUUAGGUAAAUUCAGGGAAGUUGAGUGAAAAGCAUUAAAUUUGAGACCAGCCUAAAAGCCUGAAUAGUAGUCAUAAGGUUGCUUACAGUUGUCUUGAGGAGUACUAGUACUGCCAACUUCUCACAGGCUUGGGGACCUUUCCUGUGUGUGUGCACAUUGAGGGGCCUGGGUGAGCUCUGCAGCACUAGAACCAAUUGACUGAUUUUUCUUGUGUAAAGAACAUCAAAAAAAAUGAAAACUGUUUACAAAUAACCCAGUAGUAUUUUUGAGUAAAGUGAGCAGAUAUUGCAGCAAAUGUAACUCUAGUCUUAAACUAGAAUGGAUUUACAGACAGCAAAUCAUGAGCUAGAGGCUUUGGGAUACUUAGGAAUCAGUUUUUUAAAAUUAAAAUACAGAAGUGAUGAAGCCAUUUGAACUAAUUCCUGAUUUGAUGUUUAUACAGGCCAAAGAUAAACUUUGUUGAUUACAACACCUUUUACAGAUAAUCUUUCUGAAAUACAUUGCUCUGUUAGUUACCUAGAGAUCCUGUACAAAAAGGACCACAAACCUGUGGCUUAAAACUUUUCCUCACGUACUUACAGGUGCAGCACCUAGAUUCCAAGUGUGGCCAGAGAUAGUUCAUCCCGGAGACAGAAGUCCCCACUCAGCUCACUCCAGCAACUGUUUGCAGGGGCCUUACAUUUCCACAGGUCCCUCCAGGCUGCCUGUGUCUUCGUAAGGUUGUCUCUACUGUUUUCUUGUUCAGAUAAUACACCUUUGAAUUUAGGGAACCUCUGUCUGAUUCAGGGUGACUACCUGAAGACUUGGUUAUAUCUGUAAAACUUCAAGUCGGGUCCCAUUCACAGGUUCCAGGUACACAUGAUUUUGUGUGUGUGUGUGGAGGGGGAUGUAAUAACUUUUUAGGAGAUGUCCUUGCUGAGAUCUUUUAAGUAAAAGUUUGUCUUUAGCUAAGAGGCCAAAAACAAACAAACAAAAAAGAUGUCUGAAUUCUUAUAAUUUACAUUUGUCCCUCUUACCCAAUCAAACCAGAAGAACUCGGAGGUGAGAAGUCAUUGGUUUAACUUUAUUUAGGGAGUAUAAUUUAGGGAACACUAUUGGGUGUGACUCUGGGUUUUUUUUUUUUUUUUGUCUGUUGGUUUUGUGCUUACUGUUUAUUCAUUUUAUUAAUAUGAAUUUAUUAAUUUGUUUUAUUAAUGGAAGUUUAUUCAUUUAGUUGUCACUCCCUCACAGACACUGUCGGCUAGUUGUGUGCUGUGACUGGAAACCCAGGACUGUGAAUAAAGCUUACUUUUUAGCCCAUUUUUCUUUCUGAGCUUUACACAUGAAUACGUGUGCAUGUGUGCAUGCAUGCAGACACACACACACACACACACACACACACACACACAAAGGGACCAAAAACUUUGCUUUUGUUGUUGGAUUAUGUUUUCUUGAGUUUUAAAUGUGUAGUAUACAGGUUUAAAAACUACUUGGGUAAAAGUUACAAAUAUCGUCCAGAGUGGUCAGUCAGCACAGACCAUUGCUUUGCUUCAGACUUAGAAGUAAAUCACAACAGUGAUUGAGUUGUGAUCAGAUCAGAAAGCAUACUCCAUUUCUGCUUUCACGAUGGAUUUAUUAUGAUAGAGAACUAAGUCCAGGAAGGUGAAAUUGCAAACACGUGCACUUGAAUAAAGCAGCUGCUGUCUGCUGCUCUUAGGCCAGGCCUUUUAUAUCUAGGCACACUGAGGGGAUGGAGGAAGCGCUUUGUCCCAUGUGAUGGAAGGAGACUGCUUUUAGAGGUCCUACUCCCUUUCACUUGUAGGUGUUGAGUCACUUUUGAAUUAGGGGACAUUUUAGAGGUCUAUAGGGAGAGAAGAGGUAUUCUGCAACGCUGUCUAAAGUAUUGAAAGUAGGACUUGGCAUUUCAGAACGGAAUGCCAUGGUUAAAAGGUGCUAUUUAUUUUUCACUAUGAUUUUAAAAAUGGAUGCAUGUUGAUACUUUUUAUCAGGUAGAUGCUCAGUUAAAUUUUCUUGGGCAUUUGCCAGGAAGGUGGUCAUUUGCUGGUGAAUUUCUCAGUCUUUGUCACUAAAUGAGUAUGUGAGAAAAAUAAGCUUUGCACAGCAGCUUUUGCUUUGGUUGUUCAAAAUAACAGAUUCAUCUGUGGGAAAUCAUUUCGCUUGGAAAGAGCCUUGCUUUUAUAGAUACUGUAUUUCUGAAAAAGUUUUACAUUUUUCAAGAAUUGUCAAGUAUUUUUAUUAGACUUAAUUGAAUUUAUUGAUUAAUAAGUGAUUAUAAAGGGGCUCAGUGGUUAAAAGCACUAACCACUCUUGCAGGGGACCUUAGAGUGCUUCCUAGCCCCUAUAUAGGGCAGCACACAACCACUUUGAAUUCCACCUCUAGGGAUCUUUAGUCCUCUGGCUUCUGCAGUCACCUCUACUCCCCUGCACAUACCCUUAACUGCCCACACACAGAAUUAAGUUAACAGUUCUAAAAGGUGAUUGUAGAAGAUAUGUACCACCUGCUGAAGGGCUUGUGGGCCAUGCAGUCUUAUCACUCCUCUUCCUAUUGAUUAUUUUAAAGUGUCUCUUAGUCUUUGCCUUGAGUUGCUUUAGGCUCAGUAAUCAGUGUAACCAGUUCUACUUUAUGUGAAAAUCUGUAGGCAUAGACUGUCAUUUUCAGAUAUAUUAGUUUGUGUGCAAUACAUUUUGCUUACGUUUAUACUUUCCAUGGGUACCCCUUUUAUGACUCUGUCUCCCUAAAUGAUGUGGAGAGUGCUCUUUACACCUAGUACAUAAUAUUGCAAGAGGAAUUAUUGUUCUCACAGUUAUCUGUGUUUAUCCUGUUAUAAAAUACCUGCUAUAAACAAAUGUAAUUUAUUUCUGGUGAAUAACUUAGGAUGUGAUAUAUUUCUAGUGUGAACUUAACUGACUUGACAUUAUGUUCAUCAUAAUUGUCCGGAGAGAAGAGAAGGGAUCCACAGCUUUAAUGUAGAAUUCCUAAAGAGUGAACAUAUAUUUUAGGUCCAGUUCAAAACUGUAUUCAGAUAAAAAGAGUAUAGAUCAUCAUUAUCUUUGAAGCAAUUAGGACUUCUUUAAAUGGUUAAAACAAGUGUAAUGUACAUAAUACUUUACAUAGAGGAAAUUAAAAUAAGAUGUAGAAAAAAUGUACUUGAUUUUGGUUCCAGAAUAAAAAGACAAAUUGUUGAAGGACAGUUGUUUUUUCCUAAUCACAAAUGAGAAUGUUAUAUCUGAACUCUAGUUAGUAUCUGAUGUGGGUCUUACCCAUUUCAACGAGGAUUCAUGCCCUACUCUAUAUCCAUAAAACUUAUAAGCACACCAUAUGUUCUAUAUCAGGUAAAUGUAUAUUGAAUGGAGUUUUCAGCAUAGAAGGAAGCAAAUAUCCUAGAAAAGUACUAUAUUGCUAACCUAAUCUUAGGAAGUAACUCAUUUUACAAUGAGACACCCUCCCCACCCCUUUUCUGCCUGUUUUCUGAGUGUUAAUUUCAGUAGUGUUCAGUGCAGACAUGCACAUUUAGUUGUAUAUGUACUGCCUACACUAGGGUAGGAUUUUAAUACUAUUUUAAAUACCAAGUCAUCUCAAUAACUAUAAUAGAAGUUUUGACAAUUUAUGAUACUUUAAUCAUGAAAUUUCAACCAGUUAGAAACAUCUGGUGUUCAGCUGUUUUAGCUCUAGGAAGGAAAGAAUUACUUUUAUUUGGGUGCUUUUUAUGUAUUUGAAUUUGAUGGCCAUAUAUUGUUGAGAAAUAUAUAAAUUAGAUACUGAUGACAUUUUUAAUAUACCCAUGAAUCCAGCACUAAAUUUGUAAUGCUUGGAAGUUAUUUUUAAAGUAAGUUUUGUGGUAAUUUGGUAAUCUGAUAAUAUUGUUAUAUUAUUUUAAAAUGAGAUACUGAUUGGUGGUAACUUUUUUGUUCCUUAGACUCUGUUAAACCAAAAGUAGUUAGGGUAUUUUUUUUUUCAAAAAUGUAAUAUUAAAUACUACAUUGAACUUGCAUUCAGAAUUUGAUCAGUUCAGUUUAUUUGAACCAUGUGUGUACCACUGUUUAAGAUGAGCAAAAACGAAAAGAAGAAUCACAGUCGUUGUCUUUAUCUGUUGAUGAUGUUUUACUGGUUGAGAUGUAUCUGUCUGUCUGUCUAUCUAUCUAUCUAUCUAUCUAUCUAUCUAUCUAUCUGCCUACCUACCUAUCUCUAUGCUGUCUCACUCACAUGGCUAUGAUGUAGAUGCUGAUUUCUUAUUAACCAGUGAAGAAGCUGAACAUCAGGCAUCCCUGGUGACUCUCCAAAGUCCAUUCCUUUUGUAAUUGAACAUAAAGCUGUGAGUUUUUGCUGUUCUGCCUCAUGGUCAAAGUUCAUUAAGAGAAAAUAGGAAGCGAGGUCUCUACUAGUCAGACCUCUCAUGGCACGGUACUGGAUAACUUACAUGUUUCUGAAAAUGUCAAGUUUUUCAGAGGAACACAAAUAAAAUGAUAAAUACUUAAAUGGUUUCAUUACAAGGCAAAUUGUUAAAAACAUUCUCGGUGUUUAACUUAGAACAACAGCUCCUAUAACAAUAAAUUCUUAGAAUUAUUUGAAAGCAUUCUACAUUGCUUUAAAGUAAAUCAGAGGUCAAAAAAUAUAUUUCCGCUCACACACACAAAAAAACCAAAAACCAAAAACACCCCACUUUUUGUUUUUAAUUACUUAGUCUCUUUCGGGGUAUGGAGCUCCCCAAAUGAGUGUUGUAUUUACUGAAAACGUUUUAUCAGGAAAGCCUCAGAGACUUGAGUGAGUAGAUAUGGCAUAGUACCUUUGCCAGGUGUCUCAAAGCCUGCUAUUUAAACCUGUGUUUAUUGCAGCUGAUAUUCUUUGGCAACACAAUUUCAAGUAUCUUGAAGUAUUCUGUCUUUGAUGUAUUUUGUUUCUGAAUUAAAGUGGACUUUUAGUUCUUGUUACCCUAUUUUUUUUCAACAAAUUUGAGUUAUACAACCUAGCCAAAGCCAAUAUAAUAUUUCAGUGUACUAAUAAUACAGUAUUUAUCUUACAUACAUUUAUAUUCCUUUGUCAGUGAAAAAAUGUGUUUGUGUUUUCCCUGUAGUGAUAAGUAGGAAAGUACUGUCUGUAAAAAUUGUUAAUGAAGUAUUUGCCACGUGAUGACAAUAUGCUACAUUUUGAAGUGUUCUUGUAAUUUAACUUUUUUUUUACUAGUCUAAACUUUUUAUAGUUUUGUAUUGUUUUGAACCACAAAGAUUUAUAAUUAUCCACCCUUGUUUAUUAUUGUUUGUUUUUUAGGAAGGAUCUCAUAAUCCAAGCUAGCCUUGGAAUUUGCAAUGUAGCCAGGAAUGACCUUGAACUCCUGAUUCUUUUGCCUCUACCUCUGAUCUGCUGGGAUUACAGGUGUGCUGCACCAGGCCUAGUUUAUGCAGUGCUGGGGAUCAAACAUAGGACUUAAAACUUGCUAGGCAAGUGCUUAUUAUACUGUAACUGAAGAGGUUUCCCGAGUUACACGAAGUGAAGGUAAAUGUGAAACAAAAGUCAUUUGUUCCAUAGCUAUGUCUCAGAUGAACUGACUACUGCUGUUGGUGCUUCACCCACUCACUGUAUCUCAGCUCUCUAGUGUUACUGCUUCCCAUGCAGUAACUAAGCAGAGAUUAUUUGUCCUUAGGUUUGUGAAUAGGCAGCCUGAGCAGAAUCCCAUGCUCGUAGUUACAGGUGUUUUUAGGAGUGGGGAAAGGACACCAAACCUACCUUCACUUUUGUACCAUUUUAGAAAAAAAAAAUUGCUGUGGAACUGCAAUUUAACUGCUUUUCUAGAUCAGACAAAUGAGGCACACGCUAACUGGCUCUUCCAGAGCAGACAAUCUUCCAUCUCCCGUGUAUCAUCAGUGCUUCAGAUUGUUAUGUGAACACAAUCCACAAUGCUGGCUGAAGUUUUCAGCCCUAUUAAUUUACAAGGAAGCAGAGAUCUUUGUUAUCAAGUAGAGAUGUAGCUGCCUAAAACUUAAUUUCUCAAAAAGACUCCUAUUUUGGAAAAGAAAUGGUUGUUUUAAAAUGAUCUGUGAUUUUUAAAUCUUUCUGAAAGAAUUUGAUCUUUAUUUUAAAAAUAUGUGAAUAUAUGUUUUAAAUGUGGUUUUUAAGGUUUUACAUUUUUGUUACAUUAAAACUGCAAUGUUUGACUCAAAUUGUGAUUUAUGUCAUUUAAACCAUUGAGUAAACAUAUUUAUAAGAAUAAAAAUCUUUAAAUAA